AAUAGAGAAGCAUAGAGCGAGGGAGGAAGGCAGGCAGUAGACUCUCUCUCUCUCAUGCACACACACACACACACACACACACACACACACACUCCCAUACACAUUCGCACCAGCUGUGCCGUUGUCAGUCUUGGAAUGUAAGCUCUGCCGUGAGGAGCGUGGUCCUCCGGCGCUAAGCACUGCUCAGGAGUAGGAAACCGCCGCGCCGAGUGCCGGGUGACUCACAUGGAUGCUAAGCCGUGAAAACACGAGGGAGAAAGAGAAAAGGAAUCCGAGGGACAGCGAAGAGAGGAAUACAAUGUCUGUUCUGAUGACACUGCCUUCCAGUGUUCGUCCCAUCGCCAGCCCUUUACCGUAAUUCAGAAGUCGACCAGGACGUUACCCAGCCGACUGGAUACCAUGCUAACCAAUCAGGUGCUGCUGCUCCUCCUGAUGCUCUCCGUCCUGUGGCCCAGCAGCGCCCUGCCUUUCGCACCCGGGAAUAUUGGGAAACUGUUCGGCAUGGCGGAGAGCGACGGGAGGAUCCUCCAGCGGUCCAAACGUGGAUGGAUGUGGAAUCAAUUCUUUCUGCUCGAGGAAUACACGGGAAAUGACCAUCAAUACGUCGGCAAGCUGCACUCCAACAUGGACAAAGGCGAAGGCAACGUGAAGUACGUCCUGACCGGAGAGGGGGCGGGAACCUUGUUCCUGAUCGACGAGAAGUCCGGGGACAUCCACGCCACCAAGAGGUUGGACAGGGAGGAGAAGGCGAUGUACACGCUCAACGCCAAAGUCCUGGACAGGAACACCAACGCCGAGCUGGAGGCGGACACCGAGUUCAACAUCAAAAUCCACGACAUCAACGACAAUGCGCCCAAGUUCGAGAAGGACAUCUACUUCGCCAGCGUCCCCGAAAUGUCUGAAGUUGGUACAUCUGUCGUCACCGUUACGGCAACUGAUGCCGAUGAUCAAACGUACGGGAACAGUGCCAAGCUCGUAUAUAGCAUCCUGCAGGGACAGCCUUAUUUCUCUGUGGAUUCUGAAAAUGGCACCAUCAAAACAGCCCUGCCUGGCAUGGACCGAGAAGUCAAGGAACACUAUCAGGUCGUGAUCCAGGCUAAAGACAUGGCCGGACAGAUGGGCGGACUUUCAGGGACCACGACUGUCAGCAUCACUCUCUCCGACGUGAACGACAGCCCGCCGCGCUUCGCUAACCAUUCCUUUCGUGUGACCGCUGCGGAGUCGACAGACAUCGGAGGCGCCAUCGGCCGCAUCAAGGCAGAUGAUCCGGAUGUUGGGCGCAACGCUGAGAUGGAGUACAGCAUUGUCGGGGGUCACGACAUAUUCAACAUCAUCACUGACCAAACCACGCAGGAGGGAGUUAUCAUUAUCAAAAGGGCGCUGGAUUAUGAAAGUAAGAGGGACUACGAGUUCAGGGUGGAGGUGAAAAACACCUACUUAGACGCAAGGUUCAUCCACGGUUUGCAGUUCAAAGACUACGCCACAGUCAAGGUAACCGUGGAGGAUGUGGAUGAGCCCCCCGUCUUCACCAGGAACCCUUACAUCAUCGAGGUGCACGAGGACACGGCUGCUGGCAGCUUCGUCGGCGUGGUGUCGGCCAGGGACCCCGAUGCUGACAACAAGCCAGUCAAAUACUCCAUUGAUCGACACACAGAUCUGGAGAGGUUGUUCAACAUCGACUCUGUGAAUGGCACCAUCACAACACUGAAAGCGCUGGAUAGAGAAAUGUCCAAAUGGCACAACAUCUCUGUGGUGGCCACUGAAAUAAAUAAUCCGCGGCAGACAACUCGAGUGCCUGUUUUCAUCAAGGUGUUAGAUGUCAACGACAACGCCCCCGAGUUUGCCAUGUCCUAUGACACGUUUGUCUGUGAGAACGUCAAAGCAGGACAGCUGAUUCAGACAAUAAGCGCCGUCGACACAGACGAACCCCUUGUUGGACACAAGUUUGUCUUCAGUAUGAGCGCCACCAACCCAAACUUCACCAUCGACGACAGGCAAGAUAACACUGCCAAUAUCCUGACGCGGAGGGGAGGUUUCAGCCGACACGAGAUGAGCGUGUACUUCCUGCCGGUGGUGAUCUCGGACAACGACUACCCCAUUCAGAGCAGCACCAGCACACUGAUUGUGCGAGUGUGUGCCUGUGACAGCCGUGGUAACAUGCAGUCGUGCAACUCCGAGGUCCUGCCCUUCUCAGAUGGUCUCACAACGGGAGCGCUGGUGGCCAUACUGCUCUGUGUCAUCAUCCUGCUCAUGAUCGUGGUGCUGUUCGCGGCCCUGAGGAGACAGAGGAAGAAGGAGCCUCUGAUCAUCUCCAAAGAGGACGUCAGAGACAACGUUGUCAGUUACAACGAUGAAGGGGGCGGAGAGGAGGACACGCAGGCCUUUGAUAUCGGCACGCUGCGCAACCCCGAGGUGAUGGACGCCAACAAGCUGCGCAGGGACAUCAUACCCGAAAUGCUGUUUCCCUUUCGGAGGACAUCACCUAUAAAGGAUAACGCGGACGUCAGGGACUUCAUCAACGGGAGGCUUCAGGAGAACGACGCGGAUCCCACAGCGCCGCCGUACGACUCGCUGGCCACGUACGCGUACGAGGGCAGCGGCUCGCUGGCGGAGUCCCUCAGUUCGCUGGAGUCGGCCGCCACCGAGGGCGACCAGGAGUUCGAUUACCUCGGCAACUGGGGGCCGCAGUUCAAAAAGUUGGCGGAGAUGUACAUCGGGAAGAGCCCUGACCGAGAGACCUAGACACAGCCACGGCGGUCUCUCUUUUACUCACGCCCAUUCUCUUUCCUGUCUGUUGAACUAGCUACCUAGCCAGACAGCCAUGUUGUCUCGUUAGUUAGCUGGCCAGCUAGUUGACUGUCCGUCUACCUAUCUAUCAAGCUAACUAUCUGUUUAUCUGUCUAGUUUGCUGGCUGGUGCGCUAGUUGACUAGUUGUCUAUUUGACUCUCAUAUACACGCUCUCCUUGUGCGGAUGCUGGAAACGGGAAAAAUCAAGACUUGAACUUGAGUUGAACUUUCUCAUUAAUGCGGAGACAGUAUAAUUCUCAAAUUUUCACUGUUUUUUGGUCAUACUCAGUAAAGAUGCCUUCGACUUUUAGGAGUUUUUUCGUGAACUAUGGUGUGGACAAUGUGUUUUGUAUUUGACCUGAGAGAUAGUAGUAUUGUAUACUAUCAGUGUUCAAUGGCGACAGACUGGGCGCGGGUGCGGGAGGGAAGGAGUCGAGCAGCGUUUUCAGCCACCUCCAUUCACUGCUGUAAAUCUACGAUGUGUUUUUAACGAUGGACAUCCUAAUAUACUAUUUGCUAUCUUCGUUUGACAAGCAAUGUUCAUGUGAAUGGUUGGUGCAGUUUAUUUGUCAAAACUGUGAAUUCAUUUCAUCAUAUAGGUGUAAUAUGUAAUGGAAAGUGUAUGUUGUAGGAAAAAAACUGUCAUACACUGAAUUCAUGCCGUUUGAAUGCCGAGUCAUAUUGUUUUAUAUUUAUAUUUUUAUACUUAUUUUCUUAAUAAAAUGAUGUACAAAAGAA